CACAACACACCGUGUUACAUACUUACGUACUACCAUUUGUAUUCGACAGUGUUCCAAGAAACCAUGAUUGACCUGGUGUUUAUGAUAGAUGAUUCCACUGUUCAGCCUCAGGCACACAGAAAUAUUUCCAAUCAAAUAGUGCAAGUGAUCAAGUCCACGUUAAGCUACUUUCCAAGUCAAAACACAAGGGUUGGACUAGUCCUCUAUGCAGCUGAUACUACCACAGUGGGUAACUUUAAUGCCACGAGAAACGAAACAAAUCAAGCCCUGGACCUGUUACCACACCUUCCUGAAGGAACAUUCACCGGCAAAUCACUUAAUUACACAAGAGAACAUUUCUUUAACAAUAGCCGUGCGAACGCACAUCGCGUCCUAGUAGUGUUCACUGAUGAGACUUCUAACGAUGUGGUUUCGGUUGCGUCUAAAUUGCUGCGUGACAUGAAUGUAACUAUCAUCGUAGUUGCAUUGGGGAAUUGGUUCGAUGUCACGCAAGUCAACAAUAUGGCUAGUCAUCCCCGCUCAGCGACGGUGCUUCGCACUACACACGUCGAAAUAAUGGAAAUACCCUGGAGGGUUCAUGAAAUGAUCGGCGAAGGUAUGUCAAGGGUAUAACGCAACCGAAUUAGAGGUAGAUAAAUGCUAUAACUCAACUUCUAAGCAACCCAUCUGAGAAUAACGGUACUUGUAUCAACUCUCUGCAUGACUACCGAUGAUGAUGGUAGAUCUAAGGGUGGAAGGGGGACGGGCAGACCGGACGAAGGUAGGGAGGGGCGAGGGGAGUCAAUCAAGGCACUCAAAGUUCAUCUCAGAAUUCCUCUCUUCUUUAUCCACAGCCGUUGACCAUUGUUUCAGCAACCCUUGUGCAAAUAAUGGUACUUGCAACAACUCUCUUCAUGGCUACCGAUGUUCGUGUCCUGAAGGCUUUACUGGAUCACUUUGCGAGGAAGGUAAUGUAACAAUU